AUGGGGGCAAUCUUUAAGAGGAAUGGCAAUAAGAAGGAAGUCUUAGAGAAUUGGAUGAAGAGCAGAAAGACGUCAGUGGGGCAUCAUGAGCACUGUGACAAAUGUUACAAUGUCCACUGUCAGGUCCCCGUGCGGAUCUCUGUGUCAUGCAUGGUCAUCAAGUGUCGUAAAAACUGUGGCGCCACACUCCAUAUGUGUAAGCAAGAGGAGCACCAGCUCCUCUGUCCGAAUGAGACGGUCCCCUGCCUCAAUGUCAACUACGGCUGUCCCCUCACCAUGCUGCGCCACAGGCUGGCCAAACACCUGGAGGUCUGUCCGGCCAGCGUGGUCUGCUGCUCUCAGGAGUGGAACCGCUGGCCUGUUUCUGAGAGUGAUCUGACCUUCUACAGAAAUGUUUCAGAAAGACCUCAAACUGAGCUGCACCUCGAUGUUGCUAUGGCUCUCAGGGACCAAGAGCUUCUCUUUCGAUCCAUAAAAAUGAAAAACAUUUUUCCUGAGCUGAUGAUGGAGGACCCUGCUCUCCAGGAUAUCAUUGCUGGGGUCAACUGGCCUGCAGAGGAAGCGGCUUGUUCUUUAGAUUAUGGUGAAUUUACAGAAAAUAGCUGUACAAGAAAGGAGGAAAAAGAACUUGGUCAAGAGGAGGGGGAUGUAUUGGCAAAGAGCGGGGAUGUGGAGAGCAUUCAGAACUACAGCUCCUGGGAGAAAAUAUUUGCAAAAGAGAUGGGGGGAUGCAAGCAAACUGUCAAAAACCUAAAUAAGAAGGAAGAAAAGGGAAAAGAAAAGGAAGAGAAAGAAUCAUUAAACUGUCAGGGAGAGACAAGAAACUCACACCUGAACCAAGAGAACGCUGCUGCUGCUGCUGCUGCUGCUGCUGCUUCAAGCAUGAACGGUGCAACUGGCCUUGCGCCAUGGCAAGAUGGGGUCCUUGAGAGGUUAGGCAAAGAAGUCAACAUUGCAGACUAUAACAUGUAUCUGGUGCACCAUGGGGCAAUGUUGAUUAACUUUGGCCAACUUGCAGCCUGCACCCCGAGAGAAAAGGAUUUUGUUUAUGGGAAUCUGGAGCCCAUCGAGGUUAAAACUGUCCGCUCAUUCAACGUUCCUACCAGCUAUCGAGCAAAGCGCAAUCACCUGAAGGACCCUACACUGAAAGCCAAGACCGUACACCAGAGUGUAGACACUGCAGAUUUGGGCUUGUCAGUCGAGGACCUUCCAAAGUGUGAUGAGGUUCACUCCACGCUCCUGUGCUCCCUGGAAAAGGAGCUGAAAGGACAUUUAAUCUCUGAGAGUGUGGGGAUCGAUGGCCUUUAUGUAGAUAUAGGAACGCAAACGUACAACUUUUGCUCUGCUCCGUUCAAAACAGAUGCAUCCCUUGCCGAUGUCAUAGCAGACAAACCUCCUGGUCUUUAUGUACAUGUUGAAGCAGAGUCUGUCACCAGGAGGCAUAACAAAGCAAGUUCAGCCUUCAGCUACAUGUGUGGCCACUUCUUUCGCCGUGAUGAGUACCGCUCUCAUUUCAGGAAUGUGCACUCUGACAUACAGGCCUCUCUGAGCGGCUGGUUACAACAACGCUGCCCCUUAGCAUACCUCGGAUGUACUUUCACCCAGACAAGGCUACAGCCAGCAGGCCAACAAGCUACAAUUAAAUUCUCCCAAGAUGCCAGCGCCUUUGUCCUCCGGCCCCAAGUCCCUUCACCCCUCUGUGAAGAUGUAAAAACCUCCAGACCUCAGAGAAAUGGUGCACAUAAUCUGGAUCCGCUGAGCAGGCUGCCCCUGGAGAUUCUUCAGCACAUUGCUGGUUACCUUGACAGUUCUACAUUAUCUCAGCUGUCCCAGGUCUCCCAUCUGAUGAGAGAGGUGUGUGCCAUGUUGUUGCAGGAGAGAGGGAUGGUCUCCCUCAAGUGGGAGAAAAAGACAUAUUCCCAUGGGGGGAGCUCCUGGAGAUUCACUUUGGCUUGGGAGUUCAGCUCUUUGUUUUCCUCUGUGGACAGAUGGAGCUUCAGCAACGCUCCCUCCAUGUCCGAUCACCUGAAAACCUGCUCCUUCUACCAGAGAGAGGAACGCACUGAGCCAGUGGUCUUAGCCUGCCUGGGAGAGGUCAGAGACAAACAUGGGGAAGUAAAGCAUAAGAGAUAAUGCUCAUGGCCCCAGAGCUCAGUGGGCAGACCACAACAUGAGCAAUGCCAUGCUAGGAAUCACUCAGAUGUGAUAUGUAUGCACCCACAAUACUGCAAAGUGCAUAAAGCCUCCACAUAUACAGCCACUGUAUGGAAACAGAUGGGAAUUCAGAGAUUGUUUUGUGCUGAACCCCUGCAGACAGAUACCGUAUAUGUGAAUAUGUUUUUUUUUUUUUUUUUGGAACAUCUCCAUAAAUGUUUUUGCCUGUAAGUAGGAAAAAUGCUUCAAGGUUGAUUUAUUUAUGUAGUGCUUUUAAGAGUAUUGAGAGAAAAUUAAAUUUGAAUAAUCCCUCAGAGGACACUUAAUGUGAGUUUUAGAGGGGUCUGUAUCGUAUUCUGAAUCAAGUAAUUUGCAUUUCGUUAUUAUUUCUCUUUCUUAUUUCAUUAUUGGCAUUGUUUAAAAAAAAAAAGUUUUAUUAGAUGUUGCUGAUGUUGACUGUUUUUCAAUAUGACAAGACUGACAUCUACUGGAUAAAAGCUGAAGUGCCUCUUCUGUGUGGAAUGAUGUCACCUCAUGAAACAAGUUUGGCAUUUGAAUGCUGAACAUGAUAUCACGUGUCCUAUAUGGCAUAUUUGAUUAAAUAGAGCAGUGCAUGCUUUGUGAGGAGACACUAAGAAUUUUGUUUCUUUAUUUAGACUAUCUUUGUUACGAAAAAUGAGAGGACUGUGAUGUAUGUGUGUCAUUGACAUUAUGUGUAAUAAAUCUGACUUGCA